AUGCAUCAGCCUACAACUAUGGAAUCCUUAAUGCAGCGGAUCAAUGAGCGCAUCCGAGUUGAGGAUGAUGUCGCCACAGCAACCAUAACCGAGAAGGUAAAUCCGAUUGCGAUGGACAGACGUGUGGCUGGGAAGGUUCACUCAGUGGGAAACACAGGCCGUGAGAAUGACCGAGCUAACGCUUCUCGCAACGAAGAGGAAAAUGCCAAGAGAAAGUUGAAGGCACAAGCCGAAAUCACCACAGUCUUUAAGAUCCUAAUUUAUCGCAUCCUCAGUGAAAUCCGAGGACUGCAUGCCGCUGAAACAAUACUUAGAAGAGCUGGUUGCGGUUGGGCACUUGGAUCAGAAUAUAGAUGGAGGCAUGAGGGCUGCUCCGCAAGGACAAGCCAAACCAAAUGGUCUUGCCAUCUUGGACGCGGCACCCUAAGGAGUCAUCAACGUUAUUCACGGCAUCAUCGAGCCAGCACGGGAUUGCGAACUCAAGGGGAUGAUCAAGAGGCCAAGCACAUGAGGGAAGUGCUCUCUGUUCAGCCUAUCGUAAAGAAAGAGAAGACCGAGAUACGAGACAUCAUAUCCUUUUUCAACAAGGACUUGGAGAGAAUUCAAAUCCCACAUAACGACGCCUUGGUAGUAACGCUUCGCGUUAAGGAUUUUGACAUCAAGUUAAUUUUGAUCGACCAGGGCAGUUCGGUCGAGAUCAUGUACUACGACACAUUCAAGCAGAUGAAAUUGGAGGACAAAGACUUGGCCCCCGCAACGUCUCCUUUGGUUGGUUUCAACUCUCAACCAGAAUGGCUGAUCGAGAAGAUCAUAUUGCUGGUCAAGGCUAGAUCAGUUACGAAGCAAGUGGAGUUUUGGGUGCUGACGGUCCCAUCGACCUACAACUUGAUCUUGGGGAGGGGCUUGUUGCACGCCAUGCAAGCAGUGACGUCAACUUACCACCAGGUUAUGCACUUUCCUGCUCCAGCCGGGCAAAUCAAAGAGGUUUGGGGGGACCAAGUGAUGGCGAAGCAAUGCUUCGUCACAGAUGAAUAUGAAGCUCUCCUCGCCGGGUUGAAGAGUGCUCUACGAAUGAAGACAUCAGAGCUUAUGGUAUUCAGCGACUCCAAACUGGUGGUCAAUCAGGUUUCUGGGGAAUAUGAGGCCAAGGAUAAAAGGAUGGCCAAAUAUCAAGCGCUGGUGGAAGUCGAGCCAUUGGCCACCAUCAAGGAGAAAGAUGUAAAGAAGUUCAUCUAG